AUGGCUCUCUCCACGCUCGGGUUACUCACGGUCGGCGCCAUCCCAACAGUCAUUGGUGUCGCAGAAGCAAUUGACGCCCAGAAAAAGCAGAACCAACAAGCGAAGGAAAGAAUAAAAUUCAAGUUAACGGCAAACUUUUCACACGAUGACGUUGCGCUGCCCCAAGAUGCUACUGUAGUCUUCAAGGACAAGAAGCUCUAUUUAAAUCACCCAGCAUGUCCAGUGGAGGGCUAUCCGUUCAACGGCUUCUAUUUUGGUUACCCCGGACCUGAAAAUCACCAAGGCCUAGUAGCGCCCAUAGCGGACGAUCCGCCGAUGCUUAAUUGGAUAUAUGCUGAUAAGGACACGGGGCUACUACGUCACGGGUCAAGAUCAGAGACUGUUGGCCACAUCGUCGGGCCUUGGAGUUGGACAGAAGAUGAAGAGUGGUUAACACUUGAGAACGAGCAGAAUUUUGUAGCCGUUGAGAAUAAUGAAGGUUCGUGGAAUAUUCACUACGAUAAAGAAGGAAAUCUAGAUGAGAUCUUGGAUCGCGAUGUAGUGGAUAUAAAUUUGCAUCGCGAACUGCAGCUUGGAGUAUCUAGUCGUUAUACGAGAGACUAG